GCGGCGGCCCCGCUCCCUGCCCCCUGCAAACUUUGCGAGCAGCCCGCCCGGGGGGCCGGGGGCGCGCCCGGGAGGCCGGGCUCGGACCGCGGCCGCGCUCUCGGCCGCCGCAGCGCCAGCCGCCGCUGCCGCCACCGCUGCAGCCCCGCGCCUCCCAGGGGAGCAGCCGGUGGCUCCCGCGGCCCCCCAGCCCCAGCCCCUGGGAACUGCCCGGCGAGUCGCUCGGCAGGGGCGGGGGCAGCAGCGGCGCGACCGGCCGCGGACUGCCGGGGGGCGGCAGCCGCUGCCCAGCCAGGCACGCAGGGGCGCCGAGAGUGCUCCGCGGCGGGUCCCCAGUGCACUCGCCGCGCCCGGGCAGCGGCCCGACCCGGCGAGCAUGGGCGGCGCGGAGUGACGCCGCUGUGCCCGCUUGGCAUCAAGGACAUUCAGCCCGCGGGGGUGGGGACGAAGGGGGGCAGCCCCGCGUCGCCACCGCAGCCCCGGAGAGCCGCCGCUGCUGCUUGGGCUCGGGGGCUAGGUGGAGGAAAGGGGUGCUUGGAAUCGAUCCACAUUUUCCGACCUUUUUGUUGGACAUUACGCCCACCUUGGACGCUGCAAGAGGAGCUGUCAAACCCCGCAGGCUCUGAUUUGGCCCCCUCCGCUUUCCUUUGCUGCUCCCGGCUUCCCUGUGCCUCGGUGGAGUAUUUGCGUUCGGGGCUGGGGCUGGAGGAGGCAGCCACACGCGCGCACACGCACACGUUCAGAGGAGGGCGAGAGGCAGCGGCACAGGCACCAUCUGCAGUGUCAAUGCGGCGCUCCCGCUGAAGGAGGGAAACGCGGCGCUUCCAGGGGAGAUUGCCCUGCUGAGUCCCGGCCCUCGGAGGAGACUGCCCCUGUGCUGCUGGGCUGUGAGGACCCUUCUCUGAAAUGAAAGCCAUGCCUUGGAACUGGACUUGCCUGCUCUCCCACCUCCUGAUGGUAGGGAUGGGCUCCUCCACUCUCCUCCCCCGACAGCCACCCCCGCUGACCCAGAAGCGGUCCUUUGUCACUUUCCGAGGAGAGCCCACUGAGGGCUUCAAUCACCUGGUGGUGGACGAGAGGACAGGGCACAUUUACUUGGGGGCCGUCAACAGGAUCUAUAAGCUUUCCAGUGACCUGAAGGUCUUGGUGACCCACCAGACUGGGCCGGAUGAGGACAACCCCAAGUGCUACCCGCCCCGCAUUGUCCAGACCUGCAAUGAGCCUCUGACCACCACCAACAAUGUCAACAAAAUGCUCCUCAUAGACUACAAGGAGAACCGGCUGAUUGCUUGCGGGAGCCUGUACCAGGGCAUCUGCAAGCUCCUGAGGUUGGAGGACCUCUUUAAGUUGGGGGAGCCUUUUCACAAGAAGGAGCACUACCUGUCGGGGGUCAAUGAGAGCGGCUCGGUCUUUGGAGUGAUCGUCUCCUACAGCAACCUGGAUGACAAGCUCUUCAUUGCCACGGCAGUGGAUGGGAAACCUGAGUAUUUUCCUACCAUCUCCAGCCGGAAGCUGACCAAGAACUCCGAGGCGGAUGGCAUGUUUGCUUAUGUCUUCCAUGAUGAGUUUGUGGCUUCCAUGAUCAAGAUCCCCUCGGACACCUUCACCGUCAUCCCUGACUUUGAUAUCUACUACGUCUAUGGUUUCAGCAGUGGCAACUUUGUCUACUUUUUGACCCUUCAGCCUGAGAUGGUGUCUCCCCCAGGCUCCACCACAAAGGAACAGGUGUAUACUUCCAAGCUCGUGCGGCUUUGCAAGGAGGACACAGCCUUCAAUUCCUACGUGGAGGUGCCCAUCGGCUGUGAGCGCAGCGGGGUGGAAUACCGCUUGCUGCAGGCCGCCUACCUGUCCAAAGCUGGGGCUGUGCUGGGCCGGACCCUGGGGGUCCGUCCGGAUGAUGACCUCCUCUUCACUGUCUUCUCCAAGGGCCAGAAGCGGAAGAUGAAGUCUCUGGAUGAGUCAGCCCUCUGCAUCUUUAUCCUGAAGCAGAUCAAUGACCGCAUUAAGGAGCGGCUGCAGUCCUGCUACCGGGGCGAGGGCACGCUGGACCUGGCCUGGCUCAAGGUGAAGGAUAUCCCCUGCAGCAGCGCGCUCUUAACCAUUGAUGACAACUUCUGUGGCCUGGAUAUGAAUGCCCCCCUGGGAGUGUCCGAGAUGGUGCGAGGCAUUCCUGUCUUCACCGAGGACAGGGACCGCAUGACUUCCGUCAUUGCAUAUGUCUACAAGAAUCACUCUCUGGCCUUCGUGGGCACCAAGAGUGGCAAGCUGAAGAAGAUCCGGGUGGAUGGACCCAGGGGCAAUGCCCUGCAGUACGAGACAGUGCAGGUGGUAGACCCUGGCCCCGUCCUCCGCGACAUGGCCUUCUCCAAGGACCACGAGCAACUCUACAUCAUGUCAGAAAGGCAGCUCACCAGAGUGCCCGUGGAGUCCUGCGGUCAGUAUCGGAGCUGUGGGGAGUGCCUUGGCUCCGGUGAUCCCCACUGUGGCUGGUGUGUGCUCCAUAACACGUGCACCCGGAAGGAGCGGUGUGAGCGGUCCAGGGAGCCCCGCAGGUUUGCCUCAGAGAUGAAGCAGUGUGUCCGACUGACAGUUCAUCCCAACAACAUCUCCGUCUCUCAGUACAAUGUGCUGCUGGUCCUGGAGACAUACAAUGUCCCGGAGCUGUCAGCUGGCGUCAACUGCACCUUUGAGGACCUGUCAGAGAUGGAUGGGCUGGUGGUAGGCAAUCAGAUCCAGUGCUAUUCCCCUGCAGCCAAGGAGGUGCCCCGGAUCAUCACAGAGAACGGAGACCACCAUGUUGUACAGCUUCAACUCAAGUCGAAGGAGACAGGCAUGACCUUCGCCAGCACCAGCUUUGUCUUCUACAACUGCAGCGUCCACAAUUCGUGCCUGUCCUGCGUGGAGAGUCCGUACCGCUGCCACUGGUGUAAAUACAGGCACGUCUGCACCCACGACCCCAAGACUUGCUCCUUCCAGGAAGGCCGAGUGAAGCUGCCCGAGGACUGCCCCCAGCUGCUGCGAGUGGACAAGAUCCUGGUACCCGUGGAGGUGAUCAAGCCCAUCACUCUGAAGGCCAAGAACCUUCCGCAGCCCCAGUCUGGGCAGCGUGGCUACGAGUGCAUCCUGAACAUCCAGGGCAGCGAGCAGAGGGUGCCCGCCCUGCGCUUCAACAGCUCCAGCGUGCAGUGCCAGAACACCUCCUAUUCCUAUGAAGGGAUGGAGAUCAACAACCUGCCCGUGGAGUUGACGGUCGUGUGGAAUGGGCACUUCAACAUUGACAACCCAGCUCAGAACAAAGUCUACCUCUACAAGUGCGGAGCCAUGCGUGAGAGCUGCGGGCUGUGCCUCAAGGCAGACCCAGACUUCGAGUGCGGCUGGUGCCAGAGUCCAGGCCAGUGCACCCUGCGCCAACACUGCCCUGCCCACGAGAGCCGCUGGCUGGAGCUGUCAGGCGCCAAUAGCAAGUGCACCAACCCCCGCAUCACGGAGAUAAUCCCAGUGACAGGCCCCCGGGAAGGGGGCACCAAGGUCACCAUCCGAGGAGAGAACCUGGGCCUGGAAUUCCGGGACAUCGCCUCCCAUGUCAAAGUGGCUGGCGUAGAGUGCAGCCCCUUGGUGGACGGCUACAUCCCUGCAGAACAGAUCGUGUGUGAGAUGGGAGAGGCCAAGCCCAGCCAGCACGCAGGCUUCGUGGAGAUCUGUGUGGCGGUGUGUCGGCCGGAGUUCAUGGCCCGCUCCUCCCAGCUCUACUACUUCAUGACACUGACCCUCUCAGACCUUAAGCCCAGCCGGGGGCCCAUGUCCGGGGGCACGCAGGUGACCAUCACGGGCACCAACCUGAAUGCAGGCAGUGACGUGGUGGUGAUGUUUGGAAAGCAGCCCUGCCUCUUCCACAGGCGGUCUCCAUCCUACAUCAUCUGCAACACCACGUCCUCAGAGGAGGUGCUGGAGAUGGAGGUGACGGUGCAGGUGGACAGGGCCAAGAUCCGCCGGGACCUGGUCUUCCAGUACGUGGAGGACCCCACCAUCGUGCGCAUCGAGCCCGAGUGGAGCAUCGUCAGUGGAAACACACCCAUCGCUGUCUGGGGGACUCACCUGGACCUCAUACAGAACCCCCAGAUCCGUGCCAAGCAUGGCGGGAAGGAGCACAUCAACAUCUGUGAGGUUCUGAAUGCGACCGAGAUGACCUGCCAGGCUCCAGCCCUGGCCCUGGGUCCCGACCACCAGUCGGACCUCACCGAGAGGCCUGAGGAAUUUGGCUUCAUCCUGGACAAUGUCCAGUCCCUGCUAAUCCUCAACAAGACCAACUUCACCUACUACCCCAACCCUGUGUUUGAGGCCUUUGGUCCAUCAGGAAUCCUGGAGCUCAAGCCCGGUACCCCCAUCAUCCUAAAGGGCAAGAACCUGAUCCCACCCGUGGCUGGGGGCAACGUGAAGCUGAACUACACCGUGCUGGUGGGGGAGAAGCCGUGCACCGUGACCGUGUCGGACGUGCAGCUGCUCUGCGAGUCCCCCAACCUCAUAGGGAGGCACAAAGUGAUGGCCCGCGUCGGCGGCAUGGAGUACUCCCCGGGGAUGGUGUACAUCGCUCCCGACAGCCCGCUCAGCCUGCCGGCCAUCGUGAGCAUCGCAGUGGCCGGCGGCCUCCUCAUCAUCUUCAUCGUGGCUGUGCUCAUCGCUUACAAACGCAAGUCGCGGGAGAGCGACCUCACACUGAAGAGGCUGCAGAUGCAGAUGGACAACCUGGAGUCCCGCGUGGCACUGGAGUGCAAGGAAGCCUUUGCUGAGUUGCAGACAGAUAUCCAUGAGCUGACCAGUGACCUGGAUGGAGCUGGGAUCCCCUUCCUAGACUACAGAACCUACACCAUGCGAGUGCUGUUCCCAGGAAUUGAAGACCACCCUGUGCUCCGGGACCUCGAGGUCCCGGGCUACCGGCAGGAGCGGGUGGAGAAAGGUCUGAAGCUGUUUGCACAGCUCAUCAACAACAAGGUGUUCCUGCUGUCCUUCAUCCGCACGCUUGAGUCCCAGCGCAGCUUCUCCAUGCGCGACCGUGGCAACGUGGCCUCGCUCAUCAUGACCGUGCUGCAGAGCAAGCUGGAGUACGCCACCGACGUGCUGAAGCAGCUGCUGGCCGACCUCAUCGACAAGAACCUGGAGAGCAAGAACCACCCCAAGCUGCUGCUCAGGAGGACGGAGUCGGUGGCUGAGAAGAUGUUGACCAAUUGGUUCACUUUCCUCCUCUACAAGUUCCUCAAGGAGUGCGCUGGGGAGCCCCUCUUCUCCCUGUUCUGUGCCAUCAAGCAACAGAUGGAGAAGGGCCCCAUCGAUGCCAUCACGGGCGAGGCCCGCUACUCCCUGAGUGAGGACAAGCUCAUCCGGCAGCAGAUCGAGUACAGGACCCUGGUCUUGAGCUGUGUCAGUCCAGACAAUGCCAACGGCCCUGAGGUCCCAGUGAAGAUCCUCAACUGUGACACCAUCACUCAGGUCAAAGAGAAGAUUCUGGAUGCCAUCUUUAAGAAUGUGCCCUGUUCCCACCGGCCCAAGGCUGCAGACAUGGACCUCGAGUGGAGACAAGGAAGCGGGGCAAGAAUGAUCCUGCAGGAUGAAGACAUCACCACCAAGAUCGAGAACGACUGGAAGAGACUGAACACCCUGGCCCAUUACCAGGUGCCGGAUGGUUCCGUGGUAGCUUUAGUGUCCAAGCAGGUGACGGCUUAUAAUGCAGUGAACAACUCCACGGUCUCCAGGACCUCGGCGAGUAAAUACGAAAACAUGAUCCGGUACACAGGAAGCCCCGACAGCCUCCGCUCACGGACACCCAUGAUCACCCCCGACCUGGAGAGCGGAGUCAAGAUGUGGCAUCUGGUGAAGAACCAUGAGCAUGGGGACCAGAAGGAGGGUGACCGGGGGAGCAAGAUGGUCUCUGAGAUCUACCUGACACGCCUUCUGGCCACUAAGGGCACUCUGCAGAAGUUUGUGGACGACCUCUUCGAGACCAUCUUCAGCACGGCCCACCGGGGCUCCGCCCUGCCCCUGGCCAUCAAGUACAUGUUCGACUUCCUGGAUGAGCAGGCGGACAGGCAUGGCAUUCACGACCCGCACGUGCGCCACACCUGGAAGAGCAACUGCCUGCCCCUGCGGUUUUGGGUCAACAUGAUCAAGAACCCGCAGUUCGUGUUUGACAUCCAUAAGAACAGCAUCACGGACGCCUGCCUCUCUGUGGUGGCCCAGACCUUCAUGGACUCCUGCUCCACAUCGGAGCACCGACUGGGCAAGGACUCGCCCUCCAAUAAGCUGCUUUAUGCCAAGGACAUCCCCAGCUACAAGAACUGGGUGGAGAGGUAUUACUCAGACAUCGGGAAGAUGCCGGCCAUCAGUGACCAAGACAUGAACGCAUACCUGGCGGAACAGUCCCGGCUGCACAUGAGCGAGUUCAACACCAUGAGCGCGCUCUCGGAGAUCUUCUCCUACGUGGGCAAGUACAGUGAGGAGAUCCUUGGACCUCUGGACCAUGAUGACCAGUGUGGCAAACAGAAAUUGGCCUACAAACUAGAACAAGUCAUAACCCUCAUGAGCUUAGACAGCUGAGAACCGUCCUUCCAGGGCCGCCCUGGAGGGAGGGACACACCAAGCCGUGCCUCAGUCUAGAUUUCAUCUUUACCAAGUGCAAGUUCCGACUGGCAUCAGCAGCAUCCCCCGAGCAGCGCUGUCUCCCCGCCCCCGCCCGCUCUGCCUCUCUCUGUCUCUCCCUCCUUCCUGGAUCCCUUCUCUUUCGGUUGCUCUGCCAACACGCUUGGACCAAGCUGCCAACCCUCAGUCAGUCCGGGGUGGCCAGGCCCACGGGGAGGGUCCUGUCCAGAAGACAUCAGAGCGGGGCUCUCUUUCCAGCUGCUCCUGACUCCACACAGCAGCAGCAGCAGGGCCCAAAUGUGGACAGGAGCUGUGGACAGAGGAGGUUUCCAUGCUGCUACGUCACGUGCCGCUUGAGAGCCCCAACUUUGGUCCUAAACUUGGCUUAGGGAAGGGGCAGUGAGCUCAGUAUUAUCUUCGCGGAAGACAUCACAUGGCUUGCCCUUCCUGCACCUCCAUCUCCAAGAGGUCAGCCAGUGGUGGAGGCACUUCCUGCCUGUGAAAAGACAGGCCUCGCCUCCUACGUGUGGCAGCAGGGAAUGUGUGAGGAAGGGGAGCUCCUGGGGGCUGCUCCCACAUGCUGGGUCUAUGUCCAGAGGCCUCCUGUCCCUUUCCAACCUCCUUGAGGCCCCUCCAAGUGUCCAUGCGGACCUGCCUGCCCACCUUCCUCCCUGCCUGUGGCAAGCUAGGCAGGAGAAAGAAUAGCACUUACAUUCCACCAUGGAGACGCUCCUAACCUUCAAAUCUGGCUCCUAGAAGCAAAAGUAAUGUGGAGGGGGAGAAACGGAAAGAGAGUGGCAUCCGCCAUGGAAGCAGCUUCUGUGGUUCUCCAUUCACCCCCAAAUUCAAAUGUGUCGCCACCAUCGUCAUAGGUCCAGUCCAUUGCCAGAGCCUUAAGUGCUGUCUAGAGAAGGCAUCUCCACCCUCCUUGGUCGCCCUUCGCCAAGGGUCAGCGUGAAAUGCAGAGUGCAUCCAGGAGAUUCUACCUCCAGCCGUCUCCAAGGCUCCAUCCCCUCCAUCCUUGAGAACUCCACAGAAGGCCGGGGUGGACAGUCUUGUUCCUGUCCCCCCUGCAGAAUCUGGUGCCAUUGCUAUGCAGAUGACUUUGUCACUGGGCUGCCCAGACCUCCUAGGGAAUCAUUUCAUGGCCAUCUCGGCUGUGUCUUCAGUCAUUCUCCUUCCCGAUCCCUUCAGUAGUCACAGCUCACCAUGACAACCAAUGCCAGCCAACCCCGGCCCCAGCUUGUCGUGCCUGGGAGGGACUGGAAAAUGAAGCUAAGGGACCUGAAUGGAAAUGGAAGGAGGGACAUGCAACUGACCACAGCCCCAGCAUCCAUCUCUCCAUUCAUCCUUACAUCUAUGGAUACGCCAUUUUAGCCAGUCAGGCAAAUGUGUGCUCAGAAAUGUGUACUAGGUAAGCAGGGGCCAUGGCAAGAAUUAUUCUAGUGGUGGGUCCUGGGAACUUAUACUCUCGAAGGGACCUUAGGUGCUGUGUGGUCCAGUCUCCACCAUAAGCAGGAAUCUCUUCUGGCAGCUAUACUCUCUAGUUGUCCAUCACUCUGGGAGACCAGGAGAAGCAUCAUGGAAGAUGGUGUUGAUAAGGAUCCCACAGUCCUGCCAUCACUCCCUGAGCAUCCGACAUCCUUCCUUGUCAUCUAUCAGUGAGGAAGGAGCCACGUCAUUUCCAGCAAAGUCCAUGCAGCAUCCUGCGCUUUGAAGUACCUUCGCCCCUUUGAAUAUGAAUAAGUGCGUGUAUGUGAGCGCAUGUGCACGCACGUGUUUGCCCCAGGAGUAGGCAGAGAGCUCCGGGAGAUUUCUUGUCCUAUGUAGGAGGAUGUUGAAGUGUUUUGCUUCUCUGUCCCCUUGCUCAUCAGUUCGUCCUGCAGCUUCAGGACAUUUCCACACUUGCUUUCUAUGCUGCGUGCUGGUGGGUGGGAGGAGAGGGGACCUGUCCAUAGGCGAUCAGGGUGGUCAUCUUCCGAGGCCUGGACUUUGAUGACCCAGAGCAGGGCAUCUCAUGGCAUUUCAGAGGACAAAUGGAAAAAGACACAAGCAACCUAACAACCAGGAAGAGGAGAAUGGACAAAGAUGCUUUUGAAAGGAAAAAUAAAUAACCAAAGGUUUUGGCAAAUGGCCAGGUGGGAAGCGAGGAAUUUUUUUGAUCCUUUUAUUUCCUCCCAAGAAGCCACAGGACCUGACAGGCCAGAAAGGGUGCAUGUGGGAGGCAGGCUGAGGAGGCAGCUCAGCCACUGAAAUAUUUUUGCACAUACGAAAGGUUGGGAGGAGAGAGACGCAAACCUAUUUAACACAGAUUUGCUGGAUGGAAGCUGUGUGUGAGUGCGUGUGUGUCUGGAUGCAUUUUGAUUUAUUUUUUAAGUUUUGCACAGUUAGAGGAAAUAAGUGAACAAGUUGGGGGAAAAAAGGACAUGGUUUUUGCUGAAGUUUUUAUUUUUUACCUGAUGAUUAUUAUUGUUAUUAUUACGUUGUCGGUAUAGGACUCCCCCCUUGUUUUUGUUAUAAGCAAACCUUCAAACACCUCAGAGAAACAUAAAUGUCAGGAAGAAAGAGGAGAGAAGGACAGACAGGGGUACUGACUUUCCUCAUUUCUCCUGGGGCAGGACUUUGGGGCAGAUGUUACUUUAAUUGGCGGUGUGGGUGAUUCUGGUGCUUCAUUCACUCACAUUCUCUGUGAAAUUGGCUGGUCACCCAGAGCCACAACCCAUCUUGCCCAUAAAAAGAGUCUUCUUUCCUUUUGUUCUCCAUUUCUUCUGUUUGGCUUCUUGGUGCAAGUGUGAGAUAUUUAAAAGCAAAGAUAGGCAAUGUUGUCCAAAAACUGUUCUUUUCCCCCUGAAUCUUCUUUCCCAGCUCCCUGUGGGAUUCUCCAGCUCCUCUUGGAAGGCCAUAUGCCCAGAGAGCUGCCCAGGAGGGCACAGGGGUUCCCAGAGAGAGGCAGUCCUGCAGAACAAGUGUCCUCACGUCCUCCCUCCAUGUCAAAGUCAAUUUGCAGGGUCGCAGUUCUGUAGAAGGUGGAACCGGGGGAGAAAGGCAGUUUCCUGACCUCCCCCUUACUUGCCCCCUGAGCCCUUUUUCCCUUGAGACCACAGGGUCAAAAGAACUAAGCCAGGCAGAGAUUUUGAAAGUCAGAGGGAAAAGAGCCGAUGGCUGGGAACCUGGGAGCUGGAUGGGGUCCUGAAUUUGAAAGAGUGGGUGGAGGAAUGGAGAAAGAGAUCUGCAGGCUGCUCAUUUCUCCUGGGGCACAUGUGGGCUUGGCCCCCUCGUGCUUCCCUGUGGGGGGAGUCCUUGACAGUUCUUGUAACUGCAAAGAGGGCAUUAGGUGAAGUUAGCUAUGUGUCAGUUACCUCCUCAGGAAAAUACUUUCUUGCCUUCGUCUUUCAAUAUGGAUUUAAGUUUGGGGACAGAGAAUAACCCAAGUGUCCCCCCCAGGCCAAGGUACGUCAUACAGCCAGAGCUAGCCCCUAGCAUCUCCCACAUGUGAGCCAGGGUACCCCUGGGGGUGAGCUCAGGAUGCUUGAGUCAGGCUUUACCCAGAAAGAGACGUCCUUUCAAUAAAUCCUAAAGUUUGAGACAGACUGUUCAGGACUGUUCCCAGGGAGAAGCAGGAGUUGCUGACUGAUAAGUUCUCUCUGUCCUUGUCCCCUCAGGCUCAGCUCCCACUCCCAGCCUGGCGUUAAUGACAUACUCUCCCAGUACCUCCCCAGCCCUGAUGUUGCCAUCUCCAGGGUCCCUGGUGCUCACGUGCUCCCUUGCAUGUCUGGCUUCUGACCAGGCCCCUCCCCUGGUAGCAAGCAUCCUCCCUGUCCCUCUUUGCCCCUCCUGUACAUGGAGCCACCACCCCAAGGCUGUUUACAAGUCUAGGACAGGAGCAGCUCAGCACUCACAGGUCUGUCCUCUGGGACCGUCUCAGCCCCAGGUCACCCAAAAACUGCCUCUCUGAGUGAUAGGGGCUCCCCCAUCCAGCCAAGGCCCUGUGAGGCCCCUAUCAGAGGAGCCACAAGCAAUGAUGUCCCAAAUGACCCCUAUUCCAAAAGGCAAGCCUCUGGCACUGUCUCUAGGGCCCUGGACAGUCCUGUGAUCCCUCCUGGUCUGAACACCUCUCACUUUGCUCUAAAAAGGAAAGCCCAUUUCCAGUUGUUUUCCUCCCCAAGACUGAGGGGACACUGCCUCUGCCUGCACAGGCUGCCCACCAGAUGUGUAGCUAAGCGAGGGGCCAGUACUGCUGUCAUCACGAGCUGCCGUCUCCCCUCCUCACAGUGAGCCAGGAGUAAGGAAGAAUGGAUACAGGGAGUCACACUGCCACAGAAGGCCCAGAAAUGGCACCCUGGUGAGCAGUCUCAGCAAGUUCCUGAGGCUUCUGAGGGGCAUUUCUGUGACUGAGUGAGUGAGUGAGUGAGUGACCUCCAGGGACCACCAUGCCCAGGAGAAGGCCACCCAGCUAACCCACUGUCCUGACUCCUCCCUGACCUUCCAUCUUGUUCCUUGUUCAUUUCAAGGGCCUCCUUCCAGCCCCUCAGGACAGGUGACUGAGGGACAGACCCUGAACUCUUCCUUUUAGAAAAGCUGUGGACUGUUUAUUUGGGGUUUCGUAGUUGAUUAUUUGUAUAUUUUAAGAGUGAGAGUUAGAAGGGAGCCCAGGUGUGAAUGUGAAGUCCAAAUUACCGGGGUGAAAGAAGGACAUACAAAACUACCUGUGACUUUCAAGAGGAUGAGGAGAGCCUCAGGAGUCAGGGGCAGCCUCCCCUGUUAUUAAAGAAGGGGUCAGGAAGCUCCCCGAUGAGACGUGCCAGGGGAAGCAUCCUCCAUGGCUGCUAAUACUCUCUCUGCUUCCCCUGCACUUUUGAUGGACAGUCUCCAUGCCACCCCUUCUCCUCCCGCCUCCUGCCACCUCACCCCAAGGCAUCCUGCAUGUAGCAAAUAGAGCCUUAUUUUACAAGUGGUCAGCUGAGGUACAGGCACAGGUGACAGUUAAGAGGCAGUUCCUGAGAGAGGCUAGGGUCCCAAGAGCUUCUUCUCUCACGGUGCUCCUCAGUGGGAACCUGCAAGGACCAUUCCUCCCGUUGGGAAAGUACUCGCUACAGGAAAAGUUUCAGACAUUAGCAGAGACAUUCUUUUAAAAAAAAUUUACUACAAAUCAUUGCUCCCCAAUAAAAUUACUUUUUUGUUAGGGGGUGUGUCCAAGUUUAAAAAUUAUAUGGGAUUUUUUUCGUUGUAAAAAAAAUACACACUCAUUAGAGCCUCAAUUAAAUUCUUUGAGUAGACUGAUGACAGAAAGCAAAGGCAAGCAAAUCAAAACAAACUCCUUAACAGAACUUUCUGGGGGGAAAAAAAAGAACUUUCUGUACGUAUUGGCAGAGACAAAGAGGUGGUCCUGGUGGGCAGGGGUCCUUGGUUGGAGAGUCUCACCUGGCCUGCAGUCCCUCCUCCUUGGACUUCUGUCUGGUCCUGGCUCUCCAAGAUGUCCCCAGAGUUGCUGAAUCCUACACCUUCCCUCAAACAGCAGGGAGCCCCUGCUUGGGGGACCUUGUUCUCCCUCCCCAAGGACGCAAAAGCAAAUAGACUCCGGCUAUGCAGCUCACCUUCCACUGGUUUCUUUAGUUAGUAACUUUGAACUUACGACUCAAGCACAUUUUGGAAGGGUUCCUUAUGAGAGUAGAAGUCAAAACAGAGGAUACAGUUAGGGAACAACCCAAAGGACACUUGCAAAACUGAGACCACUUUACCAAACAGGACUAACGAGUGCUUCCGUGUGCAGAAGUCGGUGUGAUCCAGGGCGGAGGCGGGCUACGCGUCCUCAUCUGUCCUCCCCACUCCCUUCCCUCACGUUCUUGUCAGCUUGUUAAACCUUCCGUUCUUAAGAGUAAAGCUAGUUUACCUCAAAGAUUCUUGUUUCCAUUUGGAAACCAACACCUUCAUGUUUUAGAGAGGACAAUCCUCCCCUCCACUGCUCCCUUUCUGGGCCUGGUGUCCUUGGGACUUUGAGGUCUUGGCUUCGUCCUGCCUCAGCUGUUCUGAGUGAGAACAAGGCCUCCAGGCCCUGAGGUGGGAAGGAGGGAUUGGGUGCAGCUGCCCUCCUUCCCAUUCCAGAGGGUAGGGACCAGCCUCUCUCUUUCAACAGGGUCCUGCCAAGUUACCAUAGCAACCAGCAACUCCAGGGCACCACAAUCAUGGCUCAGCAAGCUGAGGUAUGAGGGGAGAAAAGGGGUACUGGCCUGGUCAGGUGAUCCAGAAUUAAGCCCCCCCCCCCCCAACAAUGCUAGAGGGGAAGAGAAGCAGGAAUGGAUGCAUGGGUGGUUUAAGGAACCAACAGGUCUUUGAGUCUCGGAGAGGUCACUGAAGGAGGUAGGGCAGGACACUUCUGUUCCAGUUACCCCUUCCAGCCACACCCCACUUCUGUUGCAAAAUCAAGCUCCCACCUUGAACACUGGUCUUUUGUUAGAACAAAGCAAAGCAAACCUUUAGACAGCAGUGUUAUAAUGAGCCUCAAAGACAGGUGGAUGAGAUCCAUGUGAAGAAGAGGGUCUUCUGGUUUGAUUUUUAAAGAAGAGUAUCCUAGUAAGAUUAAAAAAAAAAAAAAGAUUUUAAAAAGUUUUUAAAAAGAAAACCUAUGCUAUUUAAAUUGGAGCCCAGUUGUAAC